UCAUACAGGUUUAAAAUGACAAGAGGGCGUUGUAAAUAAUGACAGAAUUUUCCUUUUGAAGGUGAACUAUUUCUUUAUUUAAUUAGUCCAUAUUAUCAAUGUAAAAGGUUUACAAAACAACGUUGAUCUUUACCUAUAACUCUUAGGCCCGGUUUCAUAGACAUGGAUUAGCUUAAGCCAGGACUAUGCCUUACUUGAAUUAAGAUAUUUAUGUUGUUUUUAUAAAAAUGCCUUAGAAGAAUACAUGACUGGUGUGCAUCUUGAGACAAAACAAUGGCACUAACAAAUUUUAAGAUAUUUCUGGGCAAGUUAUAUUCAGGUAAGACAGCUCAAACAUUAAUUUUAGUCUGGGACUAGCCUUAAGCCUUGUCUGUGAAACCGGGCCUUAAUGUUAUUUUUGUCAAUGGAUGUUUGCUCUUUUUUGUAAGUAUGUCACAGAACAACCAAACCACAGGUUCAGUUGUGACCGAGUUUUUCAUCGUGGGUUUCCCCGGACUUUCACCCAAUUACUACAACCUCAUGGCGGCGAUUUUACUCUGCAUCUACGUGGCUGUAGUCACAGGCAAUUCUCUCAUCGUCAUCCUUUUUGUCAUCGAACACAACCUCCAUAAACCUAUGUACCUUAUCAUGCUGAGUUUGUCUCUGUCUGAUAUGGGGUUUUGCACUGUUGCCCUGCCAAAAGUGAUUUCUAGAUAUUGGUUUAACGACGGCUAUAUCGCCUUUUACGUUUGUCUUUUACAAAGACAGCUGAUUCAUUACUUUGGUACCUUAAACUCUCUUAUUAUGAUGAUCAUGGCCUUAGAUCGCUACUUAGCAGUCUGUUACCCCCUGAGAUACCCUGUUUUAAUGACUAACCGUACUAUGAAAAUUUUAAUAGGCCUAUCCUGGACUACUGCUUUUAUUACCCCAACCAUUUCCUCAAUGCAGACGGUGAAAAUGCCCUUCUGCGGUCCAAAUUUGAUCCUUCAUUGCUUUUGUGACGCUCUAUCUAUGAACCAGCUAGCCUGCGCUGAUAUCACCAAGCAAAAUCUUAUAUCUUAUGGUAUAGCAAUGUUUGUUCUCUUAGCCCCAUUCUCUUUCAUCAUCUUCUCCUAUGUAAAUAUUCUGGUGUCCGUGCUCAGAAUAGCAAACGCACAGGGCCGGCUGAAGGCGCUCUCCACCUGUACAACACAAAUGACUAUCAUUGUCAUCUAUUAUGUGCCACGGUUUGUUGUUUACACAACGUCUAAUAUACCAAACACUAAGCUAAACAGCAGUCAGAAAAUAGCCCUGGUUAUGUUUUAUAGCCUCCUUCCACCUUUAGUAAAUCCCUUCAUCUACUGCAUCCGGAUUAAAGAGAUCAGACAGUUCUUUCUGAAAUGGUACUGA